AUGAACGUCCCGGUGGGCUUCCUCGCCAAGCUCUGGAGCCUCGCAUCAUUCCUGCCAUUCUUCGUCCUCCUCCUGCUGCUCGGCUCCGCCAAAGCUCUUCUGAUCGGCCCGGUCGCCGCGGCCAUCGUUUUCCUCGGCGAUUCAGCCGUCAUCGUCGGCCUGUGGCCUGCACACUUCGUCUGGACCUACUGCUGCGUGCUAGCCACGAAGCGAAUUGGGCCGGUUCUGAAGAUCCUUGCCGUGGUAUUCCUGCCACUGCCAUUGCUCCUAUUGCCGGUGCUUGGCAUUGUAGGGAGCCUUCUGGUUGGUAUCGGUUAUGGAGUUUUCACUCCCCUCAUGGCGACUUUUGAGGCUGUUGGCGAGGGCGUCGCGGACAAGCUCUCUCAUUGCUUUUUGGAUGGUACUGCUAGCACAAUAAGGGGAGCUUGUAUGGUGGUGCGUGAUGUUACCGACUUCUGCUUCCACUCAUACUUCUCCUUCAUGGACGAGCUUUCCGAGAAAAUGGGGGAUGACGAAGCACCUAUUGACAUCAAGUUGUCUUAUCUACCGCGGAGCUUCCUCGUUGCGCUGGUUGCCGUUCCUCUGGAUGUAUUGAUGAUUACUGGGGUGGCAUUGUGGAAAAGCCCCUGCAUGUUGUUGAAAGGAUGGCAAAGACUCUGCGAGGAUCUAGUUGGGAGGGAAGGGCCUUUUCUAGAGACUGUUUGUGUCCCUUUCGCUGGUUUGGCCAUUAUAUUGUGGCCGCUUGCUGUCGUCGCAGGAGUGAUUGCAUCAUUCCUUAGCAGCUUCUUCUUUGGCCUCCAUGCUGGAUUGGUUGCUUAUCAGGAGGCUUCAUUUCAAAUGGGGCUAUCAUACAUGAUCUCUGCAGUAGCAUUGUAUGAUGAAUACACAAAUGAUCUUCUUUAUUUGAGAGAAGGUUCUUGUUUGCCAAGGCCCAAGUACCGGAAAGCGGGUUCUGCGAAGUAUGAGACCGGCCGCGACAAAGAUGAGCACAACGUUACAGCUGCAUCUGCAGAGAAGCAACAUCAAGGCCAGCGUAAGCAUAGGAGGGUUCUACACCGGUCAAAGACAUUCAUGGAAACUAUCCAACGACUAAGACCCAUUCAAAUAUGGGAUUGGCUCUUCCGAUCUUGCGAGAUAAAUGGGAGGAUAUUACUGAGCGAGGGACUGAUAAGUUCUGAAGAUAUAGAGGAAUUUAUAACCAAAGGAAAGGGAAAGAAGCUGAGCAUAAAACUACCUGCCUGGUGCAUCCUUCACUGUCUGAUACGAUCCGCGAAACACGACACGCAUGGUUUGCUCAUAUCUGAUGACGUUGAGGUGACCAACUUCAAUUGGCCAAAGGACAAGGUGUUCGACUGGAUGCUUGGACCGCUGCUGGUUCUGAAGGAGCAGAUGAAGAAACUGGAGCUCACCGAAGACGAGGAGCUGUGCUUGCAGAAGCUCAUCAUGACGAACGCGAACGAAAAACCGUCGGAUUGGGAGGACUGCGGUUUCCCGUCAAGCGACGGCGUGAAGAGAGCUCAGCUACAGGCGAUCAUCAGAAGGUUGCAAGGGAUCGUGGCCAAUAUGUCCCGGAUACCGAGCUUCAGGAGACGGUUCAUGAGCCUGGCCAGGGCACUGUACCUGGAGGCGAUCGACGCGGGCACCAUCGACGGGUCGCGGAAGGUGGAGCGCAAGGUUAAGGCUGACAUCGCCUCCGAGGAACUUCAGAGCAGAGAUGUCGGAGAUACGAAGGGUUCAUCGAAUGGGACGUCUGUGGACGUUGACAUGGUCUGA